AUGCAAUCGACUAAAGGUUUAGUGGGUGCAACUAAGAAUAAUGAUACGAAUGUGUCGAUUGUGGCUGCUCGGCCAUCGUCACCGCGUCAGUUUUUCGAACGACUUUAUGGUCAUUUAGAAAGUGCCGACACAAAUACAAAAACCGUUUGCUCACCUGGCCAAAGUGAGCUCAGCUCAUCACCAGAUAUUCUAGAUGAUCGAAAGAGUGCAUUCAGUCUAACGGCUGAUCAUGUGAUGAAUAUGGGUUAUCAGUCGUCCUAUCAAAAUUUAUCGUGUAUGUCAUCCGGUUUUGGUGGAUUUAGAUUACCGCAAGAGUCACCGUUAUCUGCUGGUCUCACGGCAUUUCUAGCUCGACGAAGACGAAAAGAAGGCCGGCCUAGACGGCAACGAACAACAUUUAGCAGUGAGCAAACCAUUCGCUUGGAAGUGGAGUUUCAUCGCAAUGAAUAUAUUUCACGAGGACGUCGGUUUGAAUUGGCCGAACGGCUACAAUUGACCGAAACACAAAUUAAAAUUUGGUUUCAAAAUCGACGCGCCAAAGAUAAGCGCAUCGAAAAGGCUCAAAUUGAUCAACAAUACAGGCACUUUGCCGUAGCUAAUGGUUUCAUGACAUCGAUGUCAUACCCACAAAUGGUGCAAGGAUUACAAUUACAACCAAAUGAGCUCGGCACUUUGCACGAUCAAACACUCAUGAACCCAUCAAAUCGCUCGACCGCAUCAUCCCUUUCACAAUUUUAUCAUGAAAUCAGUAAACAACCGACGACGGCCACCGUUGACACAAAUCCCUCCCAUAAUCAAUUCAAUCAAAACGAUAACCUAUCGGUUCGAUCGCUAUCAAACCCCAUUGAGAUUAUUUAAUUUCGAAUCGACUCAGAAUUUAGCGUGAACUUUAUGUUAAAUUAUUAUCAAAGUAAACAUUACGAAUUUUGUGGUACGAAUUAUUAGCUGUUAAGUAUAUACGCCGUUCAUAUUAAGUAUAUUCGAAUUUUGAAAUUGAUUAUACCGAUCUUGACGUGGAACUAGAGUUUUUAUUUCUUCAUUAUUUUACAAACAACCGAAAAAAGAAGUUGUGUACAAAGAAAAAAAUAUUAAAACACAGUGAAGGAUAG